UUCAUUGACUCCCGAUUUGCGGUUCUCUCUCAAUAUUUUCAUUUUUGAUUUUCUCUCUGUUAGUUUCUCUGUCAAGAUUUUCUCCAUCUGAAAUGUGUGGAGCCCAAACUGGUCCUCGGCUUUGCUGGAUUCAUGCUCUCCAUUGUUGGUUUUUAAUGGGGUUUGUCUGCUGAGAGAGACCAGUUUCAGUUUGCCCAAUCAAAUAAACCAUACCACUCUCUCUGUCUAUAAUUCUUUUCCACUUCUGUGUGUUUUUGUUUUUCUUCUUCUGUUACUCAUCAUCUAUAUCAUCUGAAGACUGUUAGUGAAUGUAGGGAAAGAAAUAUAUUGAUGCCUACUUUGAUUUUAUGUUCAUCUUGAUGGAUCCACAGAUCUAAAUCCGUUUAGACUUCAGAUCUUCAUCUCAGCUCAUGAGACUUUGAGUGCAUAGUGCAAACAAUUACUGUUUCUGGAGGAGAUAUUUGUAAAAAUAUCAACUAAGGUUUUAUUCGGGCCAGAGUUAUCUUGAGUCCUUACUAGAUGUGGAUAAUUUGGAAGGUGGUUUUAAUGAGAUGAGGUAUGUUAUCUGGGUUAAUGAACCUUUUGAGUGCCUGUUUUCGGCCAAAGGCAGAUCCAUAUGUUCACAAGGGUUCAGACGCCAGUGGCCGUCAAGAUGGGCUUCUUUGGUAUAAGGACACAGGGCAUCAUUCUAAUGGAGAGUAUUCAAUGGCUGUAGUUCAAGCUAAUAAUUUACUUGAAGAUCAGAGCCAACUUGAAUCUGGUUGUUUGAGCUCUCAUGAUUCUGGGCCAUAUGGUACUUUUGUUGGGAUUUACGAUGGACAUGGCGGUCCCGAGACGUCUCUGUUCAUCAACGAGCACCUCUUCCGACAUCUCAAGAGGUUCACUUCAGAGCAUCAAUCUAUGUCAGUGGAUGUGAUAAGGAAGGCAUUUCAAGCAACGGAAGAUGGUUUUUUCUCACUUGUCAGCAGACAAUGGUCCAUGAAACCACAGAUAGCAGCAGUUGGCUCGUGCUGCCUUGUUGGCGUCAUUUGUGGCGGAACUCUAUAUAUUGCCAACCUUGGUGAUUCCCGUGCCGUUUUGGGAAAACUAGUCAAGUCAACAGGGGAAGUAGUGUCCAUUCGGCUCUCAGCCGAGCACAAUGCAAGUAUUGAGUCUGUGAGACAGGAGCUGCAUUCACUGCACCCUGAUGACUCUCAAAUCGUAGUACUCAAGCAUAAUGUGUGGCGUGUUAAAGGCCUAAUACAGAUUUCAAGAUCCAUUGGUGAUGUGUACUUGAAAAAGGCUGAAUUCAACAGGGAGCCAUUAUAUGCAAAGUUUCGACUUUGUGAACCUUUCAAAAGACCAAUUUUGAGCUCAGAACCAUCAAUAUCUGUCCACCAAUUGCUACCUCACGAUCAGUUUGUUAUAUUUGCGUCAGACGGCCUAUGGGAGCAAUUUACCGACCAGGAAGCAGUUGAUCUUGUCCAAAAUCAUCCACGCAAUGGGAGUGCUAGAAGAUUAGUGAAAGCAGCAUUGCAAGAAGCGGCAAAGAAGAGGGAGAUGAGGUACUCGGACUUGAAGAAAAUCGAUCGAGGAGUUCGUCGUCAUUUUCAUGAUGAUAUAUCGGUUAUCGUGGUGUUUCUCGACUCACAUCUUGUGAGCAGGGCUAGUACAAUCCGGAGUCCUAACGUAUCGGUGAAAGGGGGUGGUAUCAAUCUUCCCCACAAUACCCUUGUGCCAGAAGCUGGUACUACUUGAUGAUGUUGUGGUCUGUUUUACUUUUCCUGAAAACGAAUACAUGUCAGGUAGCUUGAAGAAAGAGCUGCCCUUUAUUGUAACUUCUAUAACUGGAAGGCUAAUCCCAAGAAAGAGAAGUUUAAGGUACAUUAUGUUGUGGGCAGAUCUUUCACCCUACCUCUGUUGUUUUUCCUUGUUUUGUUUAGACUUGUGUAAAUUCUGUUGACCCCUAAUUGAUUAUAAUCUCUCUCCUGGGACUUUUGGCCUUUUCAAGAUGAGCCUCAAAUCAAUGCCAGUGCCUUUUUCUGUGCU